UCAGCGCUUUCGGGCAGUGGGCGGAGUAUUCCUGCUGGUUGUUUCGCCCGCUCCUGCCGCCCCCUGGCGGUGUCGAGGGUAAAGGGAGGGGUUGUCGUCCCUUUGGCUGCCAGUGCUUCUAGGCCCGGAGAGCGGGGCAUGGGCUGAGCGCGGCUGUGCUCCCGAGCCCCUGUGUUGUCGCGGAAGAGGCGGGCCUGCUUCCAGGGGGGCUGUUUCCGCUGCGCGUUCCCCUCUGACACGGAACAUUUCCCUCCAGUAUGUGUGUGUGAGGUCCCUCCUCCUUCUCUGGCCAUCUUUAUUACAUUCAUUACCGCAAAGGAAGAGCGAGCCGGCCCUGCCUCUUACCGUCACCCCAUUCCGGAGAGCUUCGAGCAUCCGCGCUUUCCACGGCUACCGUUACACCGGGGGACCGGGCGCGAUUACAACCUUCUACGUCAUCGGGAUCCCGGGACAUGAUCGGCUGCUGCUGGGAUCUGGACGUGUGAUCGAUCAUCCCCUGACUGCUCGAAGACAAGUCCUAUCCGUUACCAGGUCGGGUCACUUGGAGUAAUAUUCUAAAAUGGUCUUAAGGUUCUAAAUGGGGCUGGUUUGGAGGUGCAGCCAGGAUAUAAGGCAUCCAGCCCAGGCCAGUCGGAUUGACGGAUUACCGUGGAGGACAUCCUUUGCCGCACAGAGGUCCUUAGUGGAAACCAUUUGCGAAUGGGAUGAAUCCGCCUUUGCUGAGCCCUCGUUGUCGUCAGCUGAGAGAAUAGCCGUAUCCAGAGGGGAGCUUCGCUAGUUAUGUUUCCAUUUUUACAACACCCCAUUUGAGUUUGCUUGUCUUUAAAAAAGAAUUCAAAGUGGAGUACCGUAAACUUGAUAUGGAUGGCAAAAAGAAAGACAAGGACAAACCUGAUGAGAGGAUGGCCCGGCCCAGUGGCCGGUCGGGUCAUGGCACACGUGCUGGUUCCUCAAACUCUGGAGUUUUGAUGGUUGGACCCAAUUUUAGAGUGGGAAAAAAGAUUGGCUGUGGAAAUUUUGGAGAGCUGCGAUUAGGGAAAAAUCUGUACACAAAUGAGUACGUGGCGAUUAAACUGGAACCUAUGAAAUCCAGGGCACCGCAGCUACAUUUGGAAUAUCGGUUCUACAAGCAGUUGGGGUCUGUUGAUGGUGUACCUCAGGUUUAUUACUUUGGUCCUUGCGGUAAAUACAAUGCCAUGGUGCUAGAACUACUGGGGCCAAGUUUGGAAGACUUAUUCGACUUGUGUGAUAGAACGUUUUCCUUGAAAACCGUUCUGAUGAUAGCCAUACAGCUGAUUUCUCGCAUGGAAUAUGUUCACUCAAAGAACUUGAUAUAUAGGGAUGUAAAGCCUGAAAAUUUUUUAAUAGGUCGUCCAGGCAACAAGAACCAGCAAAUAAUUCACAUAAUAGAUUUUGGCUUGGCAAAAGAAUACAUAGACCCAGAAACAAAGAAGCACAUACCCUACCGAGAACACAAGAGCCUUACAGGAACAGCUAGAUACAUGAGUAUAAACACGCAUUUAGGAAAAGAGCAAAGUAGAAGAGAUGACUUAGAAGCGUUAGGACACAUGUUUAUGUAUUUUCUACGAGGAAGCCUGCCUUGGCAAGGACUUAAGGCAGACACAUUAAAAGAAAGGUAUCAGAAAAUUGGAGAUACAAAGCGAGCGACUCCAAUUGAAGUACUCUGCGAGAAUUUCCCAGAAGAGAUGGCCACAUACUUGCGAUACGUAAGACGGCUAGAUUUCUUCGAGAAACCAGACUACGACUACUUACGGAAAUUAUUUACAGACUUGUUUGACCGAAAGGGAUAUAUGUUUGACUAUGAGUAUGACUGGAUUGGUAAGCAGCUGCCUACACCAGUUGGCUCCAUUCAUGCCGAUCCAGCACUUUCAUCGAACAGAGAAGCACAUCAACACAGAGAUAAGAUGCAGCAAGCCAAAAAUCAGGUUGUAAGUUCAACAAAUGGUGAGCUGAACACAGACGACCCAACCGCCGGGCAUUCGAACGCCCCCAUCACAGCCCCAGCAGAAGUCGAAGUCCUAGAUGAAACAAACUGCCAGAAAGUGUUGAACAUGUGGUGCUGUUGCUUUUUCAAGAGGAGGAAAAGGAAAACGAUUCAACGUCACAAAUGACUCUGGAGAAGGGCAGACCAUGGGGAAUUACUCACUUGUUCAUCUGCUGUCCUGUGAUUACAGAAGUCAUCUCCACAACGACCACAUGUUGUUUUCUUCUUCUUCCUCAUCCGUCUUUCCCCUUUACAAAAUAUCAUCAUGUUCCCAUGCUUCUGUUUGAUUGUCUUACAUUUUCUUAUGUCUGACCUUUUAGAAGCUUUAAAGUUUUUUGUCAUGUUAGCAUUAUUUCAAUGGACCAAUGAAGUGGUACAGAUGUGAAUACCUGCCUUCAGCCAAAUGUAGUCACACCACCCCUGGGAACUGUUAAUAGUUGGAUAACUCAGCAAGAGGCCGUUUUACAUGCAAAUAGUGGAUAAGGAUUGUUUGCUAAAGCUUUAACAUAACACACUAAAAGUCUUACCCUUGAAGAUUUGCAGUUUGAUAUUGGCAAAGAUUUACAGUAUUACUGAAAUGGUACUGCAUGAAUCGCUGAUCGCCAUUACCUUUCUCUCCGUCAUGUGACUGGUACAUCCGAUGGCCAGAGGUACCGAGGACGAACCUGUCUGGACGGGACUGGGGAUAAGAGCCGCGCUCAAAGCAGUCGGAUACAGACUUCUAAGGAAAAUAUAAAUUGGUUUCAUGUUGUACCUCUUGCAGUGAUAGAGAGAAGUAGAAGCCACCAAAGACAGCAGUCCUACAUGUUGGGUAAAGGGUGUGCUUCUUGGUAAUGUCUAGCAAACUGAUAUGUUCUUUGUCGAGAAACUAUUGAACUGAUGUAAGAAACUUAACACUACAUGGAGGAGAGGGGGUUAAGAAUUACUGAAUUAUACAUAGUCGUAGCUGGAGAGCACUUUGUUACUGCUUGAUGAAGGAGAGCUUAUUACUCCGUUAAUAGAAAUCUCUGGAUCAGUCAUGUGGUUGGAGUGAAAACCAUUUUACUCUGGCACGAAGCAGCUACCCUGAUGGAUGCUUCACUGCCUGCCAUAUGCCGACAAGUUAGUUGGUGCUUUCAGAAUUGUUCUCACCUUGACCCAAUUUUGCAGUUGUCAUAGAGCAUGCGGAAAGCAUUAGCGGGACACUUCAGUCUCCAUUUUUUUUUAUGGAAGAAGUGUCUGCAUAAUGGGGAAAUGGCGUGUUUUUUUUUUUUUUUUUUUUUAUAAAUACUCUUAUGGGUGUCAUAAUAAUCUCAAAAUUGUUACAAAGUCCAGCAGUACUGUUCUGACGCAGAACUUUGUCGCUUCUGAGUGCUGAAGCCAUGAUGUUUCUUUUUUGUUAAGCUGGUAAAAUAGGCCGACUUUUUCGUGAGAUUUUUUGAAGGGAAGUGGCUAGAACAAAUAUUUUGACCAACUCUGGUUAAUUUAUGUAUAAAAAUAUAUAAACAAACAAAAAAAAUAAGAAAAAUCCAAAAGUCACCUAGAUGGAACCUGUAUUUUUUUUCUUGUCUUUCCAUGCACGCCCUAUGGCUAAUUUAUUUAUUUUUUAAGUCUUGGUUUGUGGUAACAUUAAGCAAUGUGUAUUGCAGAUAAAUAAAUGCACAUCUUUGAGUUCAUUAUUGCAUUUACAGGGAUUUUAAUUGUAACUUUGUAAUUUAUUUUGGUUAACAACCAAGAGUGCAGUGCUUACUUUUGAUGGUUUAUGCGCUCACAUAAAACGCAGAAAAUUACUGAUCUGAUGGUUGUUUAUUUUCACUGUCGCUGUAAUUUUCUUUUUUUUCUUUUUUUUUACAUUGGUCAAAUACAUGAAUUCAACCCUCCGUCAACUACAAUAUCCAUACUGCAAUUCUCAGUCUGCCUUGUUUGUGUUGUCUUAAUCUCAAGAAUGAUAUAUAAAUAUAUAUAUAUAAAUACAUAUAUAUUUUUUUUCGUUAUGAAAGAUGAGAGUUGUGGCCAUUCUAAUGUGAAAUCACUUCUGUCUCUACAGUAUUUGACCAAAUUUUGUUGCACCAUAUUGUAAAUACAUGCAGCAACUUGUGUUUCCUAUGAUUCAUCUGUUUCUUAUGUUUCUUAGUAGAUCUUUCUUUUGUGUGGAGAGAAGAAGCUUUUUUUGGCCUGUACAGUGUUUAUAUGAUCUGAGCGCAUCACACAUAACAAGGAAAUGUGUAUAUUAAUCCAAUUGUGGACUUCAGAUAUUUAAAUACAAAACCCUUUAUUUGCUGCAAUGACCAGUGUGUAGACAUUUUGCUUUUUAGCAAUAUUUAAGUGCUCCAUUUACUGCCGAAAAAAGAGGAAUUUCUCUUUGGCAGCACAAAACUGGUCAAUAAUAGGUAAUGCAGGUAUGUUCAGGUUAAGCCAACAAUGUUUUGCAUUUAUAUGCUUUUUCCCUGUCUAUACUAAUGAAGUCAACAUUGCCUGAAUGUUAAAAUAAUAAAAUACAUCCCUGUUUAAAAAAAGUAUGUAACUGAAGAAAUAAAAAAUAAAGGUAGUUUUUUUAA